CCGGAAUCUGACAGCCAUGGCGGCGGAGCCGGCCGAGGUGGAGGAGGCCGCGCAGGUUUUCCUGCUCAUGCGCAAGGGCCACCGCAUCUCCCGCAACGUGCGCCUGGCCUGGUUUCUGAACCACCUCCGCCAGCCGGUCCGGGCGGCUUCCCCGGAGGAGCUGCUGCGCUCCGAGCCCGAGCUGGCCGUGCUCAGCGUCCUGCCGCCGGGCUGGCAGCCGGACGAGCCGCUGGGGCCGCCGGGCCGGGCCCUGCUGCUGGUGCCGUCCACGCGCGUUACUUUCCUGGCGUGGCGCUACCGCUUCGUCAUCGAGCUGGACCUGAGCCCGUCCACGGGCAUCGUGGAUGACUCCACAGGAGAGAUUCUCUUUGAUGAGGUGUUCAGGGCCCUUUCCCGAUGCCUGGAGGGGCUGCUCCGACCCUUCCGAGUCCCGGGCUCCUCCAUCACCUUCCAGCCAGAGAUCUAUGUGACCAUUCAAGCCUAUUCUUCCAUCAUUGGCCUGCAGUCCCACCAGGUGUUGGUUCAGGGCUAUCUCUUGGAACCUUCUCGGCGAGAGGCCUUCCUGCAGCAGGUUUAUGCCCAGCUCUGUGUCUUUGAGAACAAGGUGGCUGCCACACUACAGCAGCAGUAUGAGCCCCGGAGCCAGGUGGACACAUCCCAUUUGAGCCAGGACCGGCCCUCUGGCUCAGCAGGGGUCUCCAUGGUGACGGCUGACAUUGGCCUCGUCAGUAUGAUCCGCCAAGGCAUUCUGGCUCUGCAGCUUUUGCCAUCUAACUCCAGUGCUGGUAUCAUUGUGAUCACUGAUGGCGUGACCAGCGUCCCUGAUGUCGCAGUCUGUGAGACGCUGCUCAAUCAGCUACGAAGCGGCACUGUGGCGUGCUCCUUUGUGCAGGUGGGGGGCGUGUACUCCUAUGACUGUAGCUUUGGUCACGUGCCUAACGUUGAGCUGAUGAAGUUCAUGGCCAUGGCAACCUUUGGUUCCUACCUCUCCACGUGUCCUGAACCUGAGCCCGGCAACCUCGGACUGACUGUCUACCACCGGGCAUUUCUGCUCUAUUCUUUCCUGCACAGUGGAGAGGCCCUGAAUCCUGAGUAUUACUGUGGCUCCCAACACCGACUAUUUAAUGAACAUCUGGUGUCAGCGAGCAGCAACCCUGCCCUGGCACUGCGGCGGAAGAAACACGCGGAGAAGGAGGUGCCCGCGGACCUGGUCAGCACUGUUUCUGUGCGACUGAGGGAGGGCUACAGUGUCCGUGAGGUCACCCUGGCCAAAGGGGGCUCCCACUUGGAAGUGAAGCUGGUGCUGCUGUGGAAGCACAACAUGAGGAUUGAGUAUGUAGCCCUGGCCCCCUGGCCCCUGGAGUGUGCAGGUCCUCGGGGCACGUGGGUGGAGGUGACCAUGGAGGGAGGCUAUGACAUCCUGCACGAUGUGUCCUGUGCCCUGCGGCAGCCCAUCCGCUCCCUCUACCGUACCCACGUCAUCCGCCGCUUCUGGAACACGCUACAGAGCAUUAACCAGACAGACCAGAUGCUGGCGCACCUGCAGGCUUUCUCCUCUGUCCCAGAGCAUUUCACACUUCCUGACAGCACCAAGAGUGGAGUUCCUCUCUUCUAUAUCCCACCUGGCUCCACCACCCCGGUGCUCUCCCUUCAGCACAGUGGCUCUGACUCCUCUCACUCUCAGUUUGCUGCCUACUGGAAGCCAGUCCUCUCCAUGGAUGCCAACUCCUGGCAGCGCUGGCUGCACAUGCACCGGCUGGUGCUGGUCCUUGAGCACGACACGCCAGUCCCCAAACACCUGCACACACCGGGGAGUAAUGGCCGCUACAGCACCAUCCAGUGCCGAAUUUCACACUCAGCAUUGACUUCUCUUCUCCGGGACUGGAGUAGUUUCGUGCUCGUGGAGGGUUACUCGUAUGUCAAGCUGCUGCACAGUGCCCCAGACCUGCCCCCUUCCUCCUUCUACAUGGUCCGAAUUAUCUCCAAAGCUCCGUGCAUGGUGCUCAGACUUGGUUUCCCCAUUGGCACACCAGCCCAAUUACGCAACAAGAUUGUGGAUGAGCUGCGGGAGGAGAUCUUGAAGCUGCGCUUCCCCCACCGGGUGCAGAGCAAGGAGGCCACCCCCAAGGUGAAGCGGAAAGGGCUGGGGGCAGGUAGCUCCCCCUCCAAGUCUCCUCCACUCCUUGUGCCUCAACCCACCCUGUCUGAUCGGCCCUGCUUGAUCGUCCUGCAGAAGCCCCUGGACAAGCUGCUGAUCAGGUAUGAGAAGCUGCCCCUGGAUUACCGCGCACCCUUCAUGCUGACCCUGGAGCCUCCAGGACCGUUGCCUCUGGUAUCUGGCCGCUCAGCCUCCUCCAGCCUGGCCUCCCUGUCACGCUACCUCUACCAUCAGCGAUGGGUCUGGACUGUCCAACCUGCCCUGGCCCCUGUUCUGCCUCUUAGUGCUGUUGCUCAGCUGCUUUCCACGCUUACCGAAGUCCGUUUGGCUGAAGGUUUCCAUUUUGCCUCCAGUGGGGACGGGAUCAUCACGAUGGUCCUGGAGCUUCCAAUCCAGAGCGAAUCUCCUGGAGUGGCAGGAGGAAACGAGAUCCCCACGUGCAUUGUCCAGUAUCUCCUCUUUCCUCCUCAUUCCACCUCCACCAAGGACAGCUUUUCUACAGAUGAUGACAAUGAUGCCGAAGUGGAGGGCCUGGAGGGGGAUUCCGAGCUGAACCUGGUCACUGAGGCCUGGGUGGAGCCCCAGUGUGGGCGCGUGGGCGCUGGCCCCGAGGGCUGCAGGCAUCUUCGCGGCCUGACCUACCCUGAGAUUCCCCGUGCGCUCUUUCCCAGGGACGCCGCCUGCGUCGGCUCCAUGCUCAGCUUCGAAUACCUGAGCCAUCUCUGCCAGAGCAAAGAGUGGAGUCCCCCGCCUCCUGAGCCCAGGGCUCCUGAUGGACGUGACAUGGCCGGGGGCCUCUGUGUCCAUGAGAUCCCGUUUCGUUUUGAUCUGAUGCAGCUGCUGCUGCGGUGCCAGAGGAUGCAGACAUCCUUUGUCCUGCUCACCAAAGAAGCUGAAGGCCCCAGUCCCGAGGCCCACUGUCCUGCCAAUGAGACGCUGCUGGGCCUGCUGCACCGCUGCUUGGGGCAGGAGCUGAGUGACCGUGAGCUCCCUCUUUCUGCUGCUGAACAAAAGACCUUUCUGAGCCAGGUGCUACAGUGGGGAGCCCUGGGUCCAGAGGUGCAUCCCUCGGGCGGCUCUGGGAGCCUGGAGCUUCAAGGCCGCGUGGGCAGCUCUCAGGAUCCUCCCGCGGACACCUCACCGCCUCAGUGGCGCUGCUAUGGCCGGCUCGUGACACCGCAGCACGUGCUGCUCACCUUCCUCCCAAGCACCCUCACAGAUGUCCAACGACUAGUUGCUUGUGGUCUUGGCCGGCCCCUUCAGGAAGAGACAAGACCUGCAUUGGGAGAGUGGAAUGCCAUCUCUAACCCUGAGGAUUUGGGAGGAGUGGGUCAGAAGACUACCAAGGCCCUGAUCCCUGCCCUCAGCGUGACCCCUGCCAGCAGCAAAACCCAGGAUCAGGGGGAGCUCUCUGUGCCUCCUGGAAAGGACCCACAGGCCUGGCCUGGGCGUCAGGCCUCCCAAACCGAAGGUGGGGAAGGGCCACGUUCCCGCUGCCCAGUCUUUGUCUACAGCUGUUCGCUGGAUGCACUGAGAGAGCAGGUGGUCAGCACGCAGCCCUGCAGGGCUCCCCAAGACCUCACCCUCAUGUCUAAGUUCCUUGAGCACCCCUCCUCUACGUCCACCUGGCUGGACCCCAAGUUUAAGGAAGUGGCUGAUCACUGUGCGCUCCUGCAGGAGCAUGCCCAGCGUUGCUACGUCCGAGGCCUGUUCCGCAGCCUCCAGCAGGCCCAGGCCGUGAGCUCCCAGGACCUUCUGGUAGCUGUGGAUGCCUGUGAGGAGCUGCUUCAGGAGGUCGACAUCACGCCGUUCCUGCUGGCACUUUGUGGCCAUGCUCAUGGGCUGCCUCAGGCACCCGGGAGCUGCAGCCUCGAGGACGGCUCUGAGCCCCGUGACAGGGCAGUUCUGGCCUCGGAGUCGAGCGCAGAGGCAGAGGAUCCCAACGAGCCCGAAGCCCAGCGCAUGCAAGGCCCUGGAGCUCUGGGGCCUGAGCUCCUGCUUUCCGAGGUGUGCCAGCUCUCUGGUGGGGCCCACAGCCAGCUGCACAGCAUUAUUCAGGAGAAGUUCUUGGAAAUCAGUCGCCUGCACUUCCGAGCUGUGCCCUCCAACCCCCACUAUUUUUUCUACUGCCCCUCCUCCAGCAAGCGCGAGCAGGAUGAGAGCGCUCGGGAUGCCCUGGACAGGAAAGUCAGUGACCUGGAGCUGUCAGAGGCUGAGCUGAUAGGUGAUGAAGGAGAAGUGUCCGGGGGCUGCAUCGCCACAGAGAGUGACCCCGAGCUAGAGGUGGAAUACCGAGACAGCCGGGAGCCUGAGCUGGAGCCUCCAGACUCCACGUCGCUGUCCCCAGAUGAGGACUCCUUUAGCGUCCUGGGGGAUGAUGCUGCCUUUGGCCCUGAGGGCACCGCCCACGAUCUGCCCCCUCUCUUCCUGCACCUGACGUGCUCCGUGCGCCUCCGAGGACAGCAUGACUCCAUGCCUGUGCAUACACUGCCCACUUGCUUGGGUCAGGUCUUGACUUCUCUGGAGAGUCUGCCCCUGGGGAGUCGCCUGGCUUUACAGGACCUUAGCGUUACCCUGGAUGUCUACAUUCUCACCCUGCCCCUGGAAGUGGAGCUACCUCCAGCCUCAGAUCCCCAGCACCACAGGUCUGUCUCUGAGAGCAGCACCUCUUUCCCUCGGUCUCCUGGGCGACCUUCUUCCCUGCGCUCCGACGACAGCCUGGGGCCCCCACUACCCCCACCAGAGAUAGAGAGGCAGCCCGGGCUGUCCAGCCUCCCCUUGCCCCACAGGCAGGCGAUUGAGACCACCAUGAGUGAGAUUCGCUGGCUGCUCGAGGAUGAGAUGGUGGGGGCCCUGCGUCGGGGCAGUGCCCCCAGCGGCUCCUCCCUCCAAAGAGUAGCAGCCCACAUACACGCCUCCCCUGGACGCUCGACCUGCCUUCGGCAGACACUGCCUCUCAGCUUUGUCUUUGGGCCAGAACGCUCCCUAGCUCGAUUUAAAGAGGAGUUCUGCCGACUUCAUCUCCCAGGCCACUCCCUGUGCCAGGACCCCGACAGUGGUUGCUUCUUUGUGUCUGUCAGCCCCAGCCCCUGUGAGGAGCCCCCUACCUCCUGGGCCUGGCUCAGUCGUGAGGACCAAGCAGCACGCUCCAGCCCUGCAGAGGCUCUGCCAACCAGUCCCCAGGUCCCUGAGUCCCCUGAUGACAUCGAGGGCUCCACGCUGAGUGCAUUGUCCAGUGGGACACCACUAGGGUCUCAUGGAGCCUGUGAUAAGGAAGGGAGCCAUCCCAGGCCCAGCCGAGGGCAGAGUGUCGUGUCCAGCCAGGGCAGCAUGGACUCUGACCAGCUAGGCUAUGACGGAGGCAGCAGUAGUGGCUCAGAAAACGAGGGACCAACAGUGACCCCAGGGGACAACGCUGUCCCCACAUUGGAGGAACCUUCAGGCUUCACGCUGUCCCCAGGGCCAGUCCCCCCCCGGCAGCCCCUAGCCACCCUUGCAGCACCGCGGCUGCCCGACUUCUGGCUCCUUGUGCGUGUGAUGCAGGAUCGAGUGGAGCUUUAUGCCCAUGCACGGAGCCUCAGUCGGGAUGAGAGUGGACCAGGCGCUGAGUGCCGGCAACUGCAGCAGCUUUUGGCAAAGAAGGUCGGAGAGAUCUGCCGAGAGGUCAACCAGCGGCUGCUUCUUCAAGACCUCCAUGACAGCCAUGUCUGUAACUCCCUGCUUGUGGCUGAGAGUGAGGAAGAUCUGUGGCGGAGUGAGACCCCCUUUCAUCCCCGCCAGCGGACCCUGCUGCCCAGUGAUGAUUAUGCAGCUGAUGAGAAUUGUACCCCCCGCGGCUACCUGGCAGCCACAAUGCAGUUUGUGCCCGGCCACUUCUCCUGCAAUGUUGUUUGGGGAACUGUGAUCCGUGUGCAUUCCCGACUCAAGAUGGGGCCCAGCAUGGGAGUGUCCCGGGCCAUCCAGGCACUUCGUUCUGUGCUCAAUGCCUUCUCGGUGGUGAACAGGAAAAACAUGUUUGUGUACCAGGAGCAAGCUACUCGAGCCGUCUACUACCUGCGGCUUCUGGAGACAUCAUGCAGUGAGAAGCUCCUAGAUGGGGAUGCUCUGCCCCCCUCCCUGGCUCUCUCCAGGAGCCAGGAACCCAUCUGUCCUGAGGAGGCCUCGGGCCCUCGAUCCCCAUUGGAAGUGGCCUCCAGCCGGAGCUCUGAGACAGCCCGCCCUGUGGGCCAGGUUGACCGACACAUUCAACUCCUAGUGCAUGGUGUGGGACAGGCAGGCCCUGAGAUCACAGAGGAGCUGGUCCGCGCCCUGCGGCGGCGCCUGGAUGAAGCCACAUUGGAUAUCAUCACCGUCAUGCUCGUGCGCAACUGCAAACUCACGCCUGCUGACGUCGAGUUCAUCCAGCCCCCGGGAAGCCCUCCCUCAGAGGUACUACACCUGGUGCUGCCGCCCGCCUGUCGGCCGUGGCUCCCAGCCCUGGCCUGGUACCUGCGGCAGAACCUGCUUAUCUUCCUGCACUCGCCAAAGUAUACAGACAGCAACAGUCGCCACCACUUCCAGCACCCUUUUCAUCCUCCUAGUGGCCUUCCUGACUCUGAUAUUUAUCUCUACAACAAGCCUGGUGGCCAAGGCACUGGGGGAAAAGGGGUUGCCUGCAUUGCACUGUCCUUCAUGGAUGAGGGGGGAGCCCCCAUCUCACUGGGGCUCUGGCCCCCUGCUUCCCCGGGCCCGUUGGACCUGCUGCAGGAGACUGAGUUUGAGAGUCUUACCAGGGUCACCUGCUGCCCGACCCCACCCAACAGUGCUGCCGCAGGUCAGGGCCAGGACCUGCAGCUGCGGCUGGAUAUAUGGGAGAAGGGGAACAUCAGUCGCCUACAGCUGGAAGAGAAAUUGCGUGGAGCUGCCCGACACGCGCUGGCUGAUGCUGUUAUGGAGCUCCGGCUGCUGCCAGCCUCCCUGUGUGUAGAAGAGACCCUGCCAGGGAGCCCAUGGAGUGUUUCACUGGAGGCCAAGAGUCCAGGGGACCCAGCCAGCACCUCCCCUCUCCCCUUCCCACCAACCCCAAGCCCAGGAGAGCCCGUCACUCCCCCAAGCAAAAUGGGCCGGCGCAGCUUCUGGGAUAUGCUGAGUAAAGCUGAAUGUGGGGACCUUGGUUCCCCAAAGACAACAGAUGACAUUGUACUGGAAAGGUCAGAAGAGACCCGGGGACGGAGGCGUCACAAGACCGAGAGUGUCCGGCCCCCAGGGGGCCCAGAGCGGACACCAGCCACAGAGCUGAGUGCCCAGGGUCACAGGCGCAGGGCUGCACAGCUGGAAGAAGGGGAGGUCGGUGUCCUCCAUCCAGGUUUUGCACGAGUGGGUCAGCGCUGGAUGGAGUUCAUGGUCCAGAUCGGUUGUCCCUCUGUCUCUGGAAGCUCUACCCACAUGGUUUCCCGGUUCCUUCUUCCCUCUGUUCUUACUGAGACCAUUUCACUUGUGGCCUCAUUGGCGGGAGACACCAGUGUCCGCAUGUUUGAGCAGCAGCCGGGUCCAGACUCUGUAAUCUUCACCCCUUGCUCCACUGCCCAGCUGCACCCCCCACCCCGCCCUGGAGCUGAGCGCCAUCUGUUGCUUUUGGGACGGAACUUCUCCCAGUGGCGGAGACCGACCCAACAGGCUCCCAAGGCCAUGCAGCGCUUUGAGCCAGGAGUGGAAGGCUCUGGUCGGGAUGCCCCCCGACAGCGGCUCCUCCUCCUCCGGGUUAUGGACACCAAGCUGCAGCUGCUGACCUAUAACUGGGCCCCAGACCUCGGCGGGGCCCUCAGCCGUGCCCUGGGCCGCCUCUUACAGUGGCAGAAUGCUCGGGCCCACCUCGUCCACUGCCUUCUCAGCCAGAAGCUUGGUCUUUUCCACCACUACGGUCACCUAGACUGCCCUGGGCAUGAUGACAAGGAACCAAAUCCGUUCCUGACCCCAUCUCUGGAGGCUGAGACCCUCAUCCGGAGCCCCGGCCCCCCACCAAGCCGGGAACAGGGACGACUGAGUGGUUCCUCCCGGGGGGGGGCAGGCCUGGCCCCUGAAACGAUGCCCUUUGAUGAGGCCUUGAGGGAUAUUGCUGCUGCCCGGCCCGGCCCAGCCCCCCGUCCCCCUGACCCCGUCACUUACCACGGACAGCAGUUCCUGGAGAUCAAGACUGCAGAACGAAGAGAGCUGGAGCGUCAAAUGAAGAUGGAGAAUCUCUUUGUGACCUGGCAGCAGAGGUCUGCCCAGUCCAACAUGCCCAUCAGUGCUGGGGAGCUGGAGACCCUGAAGCAGUCCUCGCGCCUGGUCCACUACUGUGCUACUGCCCUGCUCUUUGACCCAGCCUCCUGGCAACACGGACCCCCUGAGCCCACAGCACCCACUGAGGGAAAGCGCCGCCAUCGCUCUAAUGAGUCAGGGGGUGGAGGCCGGGAGCCCACUCAGAGCUGUGAGGCUGGGGAGCUGCCCAUCCCUGGGGCCCGAGAGGAACCGUGGCUCUGGGAGCUGAGCUCGACCUUCCUGCUGCAGUACGUCCAGUACCUCCAGAGCACAGGCUUCAUUCUGGUGCAGCUGCGGCCCCCCUCGCCCACUCGCAGCACCAGCCGGCUCCGGGCCAUGGCCAUUCUAGGCACCGAGGGUCGAGGUUCUUUCUCCUGCCCCAAGACCAAGACAGAUGGGAGCCCAAAGAGUGCCAGCUCCCCCAUCACCACCUACUAUCUGCAGCGGGCUCUGCCUGGAGGCAUUGUACUCAUGGAACUGGCUUUCCAGGGCUGUUACUUCUGUGUGAAGCAGUAUGCAUUGGAGUGUUCCCGCAUCCCCAUGGGGCAGGCUGUCAAUUCCCAGCUCUCCAUGCUGUUCACCGAAGAGUGUGACAAGGUUCGGGACCUGAUGCAUGUGCAUUCCUUUAGCUAUGACUUCCACCUGCGGCUGGCGCACCAGCACGUGCUGGGCUCCCACCUGGCCUUGCGCCAGGGCUACCACCUCACCAGCUUCCUGCGCUGCUUCCUCACUCACCACCCCGAUGGCCCCAACUUUGGCCGCAACCACAUCUACCAGGGGACCAUGGAGCUCCCCACCCAGCUCAUCGCCGCACACCAGCUCUACAAUUACGUGGCCGACCACGCCAGCACCUACCACCUGAAGCCGCUGCGCAUGGCCCGCCCUGGCGGGGGCCCGGAACACAAUGAAUACGCCCUGGUGUCUGUGUGGAACAGUCCGGGCGUCUACCAAGACUCGGAGGGCCUUCGCCACCAGGACGACUUUGAUGUGUCCCUGCUGGUAUGUCACUGCGCUGCACCCUUCGAGGAGCAGGGGGAGGCAGAGAGACACGUGCUCCGCCUGCAGUUCUUCGUGGUGCUCACCAGCCAGCGGGAGCUCUUCCCCCGACUCACAGCUGACAUGCGCCGCUUCCGGAAGUCCCCUCGCCUCGCCCCUGAACCGGAAGGUCCCAGUGGGUCAAGAGGGGGCCCUGGCGAGGUGGGGGGAGGCCUGCAAGGGUCUGACCUCACCCCUGAGCCAGGCUCAGCAGCCCCCCUGUUCCCGCCUCUUGCCGCUGAGGUGGGCAUGGCACGGGCGCUGUUGGCACAGCUGGUGCAGCAGGCGGGCAGUCACUGUCGCCGAGACACGCUCUGGAAGCGCCUCUUCCUGCUGGAGCCCCCUGGGGCUGACCGGCUGCGGCUGGGCGGGCGACUGGCCCUGGCAGAGCUGGAGGAACUGCUGGGAGCCGUGCACGCCAAGUCCAUUGGGGACAUUGACCCCCAGCUGGACUGCUUCCUGUCCAUGACGGUCUCCUGGUACCAGAGCCUCGUCAAAGUUCUCCUGAGCCGCUUCCCUCAGAGCUGCCGCCACUUCCAGAGCCCGGAUUCAGGGACUCAGUACUUGGUGGUGCUAAACCAGAAGUUCACGGACUGCUUUGUGUUGGUGUUUCUUGAUUCUCACUCAGGAAAGACGUCGCUCACGGUGGUUUUCCGAGAGCCAUUCCCUGUACAGCCCCAGAACAGUGAGAGCCCUCCUGCCCAGCUGGUCUCCACCUACCACCACCUGGAGUCUGUCAUCAACACAGCCUGCUUCACCCUGUGGACUCGCCUUCUCUGAGGAAGGGGCUGUGCUCCCCAGACCUGCUGACCACCAGGAGUCCUCCCCAGAGCUGCCCCCAUCCCUGACGACCACUGGGGGGGACGACCCUCCCCCCAGGGUCCCAGAACUCCUGACCACCUGGACUGAGGGGUCCCUAUCCUGGUGACUACCACGGGCCAACCCCUGUCGGGGUCAGGCCUAGCAACGAAGGGGUGGUGCUCUGCUGGCCUCCAGGCUUCCACUUCUCAGGCAGGGGCUGGACCUCUUGAGCCCUGCACAUGCCCACCCUGGCAGGAGAGGACUGGGCCCGCCGGCCACCAUGUAAUGCCCCUCCCUGACUCUUGGCUGGGCACUGUGGGAGAUAGAAAAGAGAAGAAAGAUUGACCAGAGCCCUGACAAUAAAGGGCGUAUCCUGCUGCUGUCCUCGUGGGGACCUGGGCCCCUUAGCCUUGGAGCUGCUCACGCUGAGGUCUCAGCGCUGGCUUGUCCCUUCUCCCUGCAGGCCCUCAGUGCUUUCUGGCCUCAGGGAAGUUUCCUGUGUUCAUUGGAUGGAAAGCCCCCAUGUGUACUUGGGGACAGCCAGUGAUUGUGGUAGCCCUGGCUAAGCCACUGUCUCUCAAGCUCAGUUUCUCCGUUAGUAAGAUGGAGAUCCACCUCAUGGGGCUCCUGUGGGGAAAAGUGGGAACUUUGGGGGAUCAUGGCAAAGUUUCUCUGGUGCUCCCUGAUUCCCAAGUGGACCCCAGGGCCAGGCUGCAGAAUUCUCCAAGGCCUUACCUGCCUAGGCAGGGCAGGCAUCUGAGGCCCAUGGGGAGGGGUGGCCCUGCCGCCACCCCCGAGGCCAUCCUGGGAUUGGAGAGGCAGGCAGUAGUGAUUGCCUGCUGUAUGCAGUGGCUUGUCCUUGGGGGCCCAGGCAGGGUGUACCUGAGGCCUGACCAGGAAGGACAUGAGCCGUCUCCAGCCUCCCUGCUACACUGCACGCUCACCUGUCAUCCUUCCCUGCCCCCUCUGCUCUCACUCUCCUCUCUGCCUUCUUUGUCUUAUUUCUGCCUGGAAAAGUUCGAUUCCGGGACACUCCCAAUAAAAUACUGUGACCAAGGGUAA